AUGGGGAAGAAGGCAAAGGCGAAGCUGCAACUCCGGGAGUCCGUCAUCGGAUUUAUACACCGAACCGAAAAGUUCGUUGAAAAUUGCAACGCUGACACCGAUUUCCACCAACUGCAAGCACGGAUAGGAAAACUGGAUGAGAAGUGGAGCGAGUUUGAAAGCGUACAAGGUGAAAUCGAGGAAAUGGAGGAGGAUGAAACCAACAUGGAGACGCACGAGGAGGUUCGAGCGGAGUUCGAGGAGCUGUAUUUUAAGGUAAAGGCAGGGUUGAAAUCCAAACUACCACCCUCAACCCCCUCUUCCACUACUACUACUCCCACUAGAGAUAAGAAUGUGGGUUCAUGUUCUGGCAUACGCUUGCCCAAGAUCAGCUUGCCAGAAUUCAGUGGGGAGUACGACAAAUGGUUGCCAUUCUUCGACACUUUUGGAUCACUUAUCCACGAUAAUACGGAUUUAAAUCUGAUCCAAAAAUUCCACCAUUUGCGAGCGUCUCUAAGGGGUGAGGCACUUAAGGUGGUAGAUUCCUUUCAAAUGAGUGAAGCUAGUUAUGGGGUCGCAUGGUCCGCUUUGGUGAAACGGUAUUCGAAUAAAUAUCUCCAGAAGAAGCGCCAUGUCAACGCGCUUUUGCAAUACCCGAAGGUGAAAAGGAUGUCGGCAAAUGGUAUUCACGAUUUGAUUGAAUGUUUCGAUCGACAUACGAAGAUUCUUGAUCAACUGGGAGAGAAUACUUCGGACUGGGGAGCGAUGUUGAUGCAGCUGUUGGUGUCGAAGCUUGAUGAUGAGUCGCUUAAAGACUGGGAGAAGCGUGCGGUCAAGAAAAAUGAUCCUGCUUUCGCGGACGUUAUGGAGUUCCUCGAAGGACAGACACGGAUUCUGGAUGCUGUAGCAGUCGAUCGUCGCUCGGAGAAUUUACAAUCAUCUUCCUCUGCUACUAACUCCGGCUUCAAGAAAUCAGUACCCAAGUUUUCUGUGCAUGCAACCACUGAUACUCCUACGAUGCAGUGUAUGCAAUGCAAUGGUCGACAUUAUAUCACAAGCUGCCCUGUAUUUGAGCGGAUGACACUAGAUAAACGGUUCCAAGUAGUCAACUCUAAGAAGCUGUGCAGCAACUGUUUGAGACAAGGUCAUCUGAACCGUGACUGUACAUCGCGUUUCCGUUGCCGCACUUGUAGUAAGAAACACCAUUCUCUUCUACAUCCUGGAAUAGGGGCGUCGGUUUCCACUCCAACUGUUGGUCCACUGACGCAGGCGCCUUCUACGGCUCAGCCACAACCCAGCAAUACUACACACGUGGUUUCCAUAGACGAUUCAUUACAAACGAUGCAGAGUUCGGUGGCCAUCAUUUUCGCUUCCAACCAACGUCGCAACAGAGCAUCGAGAGUUCCAUGUAUUUCUUUCAACGGUUCUGGUGUCAGUGAAGGACUGCAAUGGGCGUUCACAUCUAGCUAG